GCGAGGUGUAUCAUGCCGUCGUUCAACAGUGCUGUCCGACCGGCAGCGGGGCCACUGCCUCUGCACACUUCUCCGGCCUUGGCUCAGCGGUUCCGGUGGUCCGAGCCUCUUGUUGGCUACGUCUUCAUCGCGCUCUCGAUAGCGAGUGGCGUCUAUUACCUCUCGCUGCUAACGCCGUAUUUAACCAACGAUAUGUACUGGGCGGCGUACAACCUCAGCGGACACGAAGCGUACCUCGUGGACGCUGCCAACACCGCGCUCCUGACGAUGCGCUCGGGCUACUGGGAUCUCUUGGCACCGCGCGCGAUGCAGCGCAAGAGCUAUAUCGCGCCCGUCUCGUUCACGUCGAUCGCGCCCACGUACGUUCGGCGCCUCAUCUACUCGGAGCUCACGUCGGUACCCCACGCAAUUGCCAACCUGCGGAGCAUGCGGCCCGAGUGGGUCUUCCGCAUGAGCACGCAGUUUUGCUAUGUUGAUUUCAACCAAACGUUCGAAGUCGCGCACACGUUAGCGCGUCAGGCGCGCUGUCGCCGUUUGUAUGCCUCGAACGGGGCCGUGUACUACGAAUCCAUUCUGCGCAACGUCCGCUGGGACGCUUUUCUGAGCGUCUGGGGGGGCGCCACGGGCUAUUUCACUGUAACACUCGAGGCAACGCUGCAGUUGUCGGCCGCAGGUCGCCACUGGCUCACGACAACAUCGACCAACACGCUCUCGAUGACGGACGAAGUUGCGUUCUGGGCGUCGUAUAACCUCACGUCCUUUGAGCUCGCGUGGCAAAACCGGUGGCAGGCGAGUAUCGCUGAGACCAUCAACGUCCGAAGUGCGCUCGGGACGGAACAUACCGUCACACCCAAACACUGGCCGCGUGAGAACGGACCGUGGUCGUCCUGGAUCUACAUGUGGAUACCGCUGGACGACGUCUAUGUCCUGCAGCAAGUCGGGGCGAGUGCGAUCCGCGGCGCCACCAACUUUUACGACCCCAAGUACUUUGCGUUUGAAUCGCACGCCGCACUGGCGUCUGCAAAUGGCACCUACGACGGUCGUGCCGGCGUCGUGCAUGCGACCCUCGGACCGUUCUUGUCGUUUGAUACUUUCUAUAUACCUGUGCCGGCACCGCUGCUUGCGUUUUUUAAUGCACUGGAUACGCAUCUGGCGCAGCAGCCACCCGGUGUUCUGUCCUUGGCGACCGCCGGGGCGUUUACCCCCCGCCCCCCCGCGUGGCGCAACCAAUCGCGCUUGUAUGGGGGCAGCCUCCUCUGCCUCCACAACACAGAGACAAGCUACGUCCAGGCGCCCUUUGACUUUGACGAUCCGUGUCUCGUUCCAACGGUCUUUCGUGUCGCGUACGAUGCUCCGAUGCUCGUGUUUGCACAGCUGCUCUAUGGUGUGCCGUUGGGCUCGGAUGCGCCGGGUAUCUGUCGCCUCCAGUCAUCGAGCGCUUGCUUGUCUGCGCUCAACAAGUCGUCGGCGAGCGUAAUUGCGCUGUCGCCACUGCCCCAAGCCCUCGUCCGCACCAUACCAGACGUGAUCGCGGCCGUCAAAGCGCUCGACCUGCGCCUCAUUCAGUUUACGAACCCCCCCGAGUGGACGUUGCUAGAGCAACGGCUUCUAGAUGACACACCAUGGUCGGUCUAUGGCUGGCUGUGCAUAUACGACUGGGUCAUUGGUCGCCGCGAAGUCGUCUCGUUUCAAGGCGAUAUAAGGACCUUGCAGCUCAUCUCCAACCGGUACAUCCCCCGCGUCAUGGCCACAAGCGGCGACGGACAGUACCUUGAGGCGACGACACAACUGGCGCUUUACCUCUCGGCCUACGUCAGCAUCGCACUCGCUAGCGUCGGGCUGCUCACGUUUCUCUACGGCGCAACGAUGCAAUUUGAUAUCGUAGGGCGGAACCUCGCCUAUUUCAACGCGGUCGCCGGCGCGAGUUGGGUGGGCCGACCAUUACUCUUUGCCCGCGGAUCAACGGCCAUUCUCGUACUCAGCACGUCGCCCAUGGAGCUGCUCGCGAACAGUACAACGUCCUCACACCUCGUCUUGGUGCCGCGCCCGCUUUUUACCCGCCUUGUACUCUGCACUGAGGCGGCGUGGGUCGCUACGAUGCUCAACGACAUUUGUCUCUUGUUGGUCCCGGUCCUGGCCUCUAUAUACGCGCCCGUCGCCUCGCUACUGGCGUUCAUAGCCACGUUUGCACUCGAGAGCGCGGCGCCAGUCGCGAUCGCUGCCUCCUUAAACCGCACGUGUCGCAGCCAUGACAUGGACUACGCCAUCGAGUGUACGUCGGGCACCAUUGCCAUUGGCGAUGCGUCUCGAAUGUAUCAUCUCUACGGCGUCCAGGUCCUCUCCGUUCUGAUGGCGCUAGCUUUGGCCUACGCGUUCCAUCGCCAAAAAUACACCUCGGCGCGUCGUGCGCUCUCGUCGUGCCACGUCAUCGCAUCCGGCGCCGCGUCCGCCUUUCUGGACCCAAUUCCGACAUUGCACUUGGACACGUGGCGCGUCGACGACGCGUCGAGCGUCAUGUGUGGUCUCGUGCCGCUGUGGUGUCGAGGCCAACGCUAUACGUUUGAUCUAAAACUGUGGACGGUAUUGUCGUCGAACGAGACGACUGAGAAGGCGGCGCUCGACAAGCGCCCGAACGCUGGGUUGCCGUACUUGAUUUUAUCGCCGAUGCGCGUUGGCUUGGACCGCCUCUCGAUGCUUUUUGGGCUAUUGUACAUGUGCUUCUCCAUUGCUGGCAGCAUCUCGUACCUCGCUGUCUCCAAAGUCACGUUGGCCAACGACAUGCUCUGGGCCGGCUUUAACCUCUCGGGGUCCCAUGCGUUUUUGGCUACCUGGCUCAAUGAUCAAUUUCUACUUCAAAACACGCAUACCAACCUCGCUCUGGACGCGCCGCAUGUCAACUGGAACGGGCAAUUCACCAGAGACCCAGCGUUCCUUCCAGUGUCGCCCGUGGCAGGCGCCAUGACCCAGCAACGUAUGCGCACGUCGCUCGUCACCAUUGUGCAUGGCAUCCGCGGGCUCGACGGCUGUGAAGCGCCGUGGGUCUUUGUGCCCUACUGCUUUCUCGAUCUCCAACGGCAUUGGACCAUGGCGAUCUCGGACGCGCGGCAAGCGCGCUGCGACACAAUGCGCACCAACGGCGCAGUCUACUUGGAGCCGCUGCUUCGAAACGUGCCGCUGACGAGCUGGGCAAUGUGCUGGAGCGAGGCGUUCGAGCUGACGAUCGGGCGCACGCUGCGCAGCUCGAUCCUCGGACACAGCUGGCUCGCGACGACGCUCGAGGCGCGCAGCAAUCUCUCGGCGCCCCACGAAGCUGCAUACUGGGUCGCCCACGGCAUUCGACUUUUUGAGACCCAGUGGCAAAACUACAAGCGCAUCGGGCUUCUCAACAGCUACGUUAUCACAAAUGCAUUUGGCGUCGCUUACCCGUAUACGCUCCAGUCCAUCAACGGCACGUACGGCCGCAACUCGGCGACGACCCUCAAAAUGUACUGGAGCUUUGCCAACGACCUUCUGUAUGCAAUGGGUGUCAACGCCACGUCCUCGAACGGCACGAGUUUACUCCGAUCGAGCGCUUCGUUUCUGUAUACCAACACUUCGUUGGAGACGACGCUAAUCCAAGAAGGCGUCCUCGCGUGGCCUCUUGACAAUGGCUUGAGCCUUGUCCGGCAGCGCCUCGGGCCCUUUGGCACCAUUGACAUGCACUUGGUGGCGUGUCCGAGAAGCCUCCUCGACACCAUUCGCAGCAUCUCGGUCAGUGUACGCGACGCGCUCCGGCGUCAGCAGUUCGUGCAAGACCUCUACUUCAACAUGACGAUUGUCGACGCAAUGCACGCAGUACCGCAGCCCUGGCUUGACGCAAAGCUCAUGCAGUUUGGUGCCUCAAUCUUAUGCCCCGCGUACCCAUCGAUGACCAACCAACCAGUCCACGGCGGCACACUCAUGGCGUUCACUCUGGACGGGAGCGAGUGCCCGACGGACAUCACGUCCAAGCUGUACCCGUCAGCAGACAUGCUCUUGGCAGCCGCCGUGCUCGCCAACCUCUCGGUGACAACGCCGCACAAGACCCUCGUAGAAAUCUGCGACCACGACAGGAUCAAUGGCGCAGCCUGUUUGCAGUACCUCCCCCAAACCGUACGGGUAUUGGACGCCAUACCCCCUAUGGUGCUCCCGAACCUCAGUCGAGCAAUCGACGAUACGUGGCAGCUCGGCGUGGGCAUGGUCACUUAUGCACGAAGACCACCAUCAGCGACGCUGACGCUCGAACACGCGCAUCUCUUGAGCGAGGACGACCCCUCGUACGCGUUUUUCGGCUGGUGUUCGCUCUUUGACUGGGCGAUCGGGCAUCGGCAAGUAGUUCGAUUUCAAGGGGACAAUGGCACCCUCACGCUCCUCUCCGAGUACAUUGAGCCGGUGGCGCAGGCGACCUUGAGCUGGCAACUGCCCCAAAGCGCUGCGCGGUACGCCUCGAUCGGCACAACGUACGUCACGUACUGUCUCUUGGUGCUCGCCGCCACCACCGCGGGGUACAUUCUUCUGAGCUGUGGCCACGUCGAAGGCUGGAACAUGGCCACGCUCAACUCGGUCGGCGGCAUGGUCUGGGUGGGCCGCCCGCUCUUGCUAUUGCGCAGUAUGACCGCGAUGGGCCUCCUCUCGACAAGUGCGCUGGACUUGGCCUUUGACGGGCGCAUCUCUGGCUUUAUUGCAUUGCAAAACCCAUGGUAUACCACUUGCCUCGCCGCGAGCGAAGUCACUUGGUUCGUCGCUGUCGUCAACGACGUGGCUAUGGCGUUGACUCAAGCGUACACGAUCUCUUACGCGACGCUCAAUUUGGCGAUCGUGUGGCUCGUCGCCGCCGUCCUCAGCAUCCAGCACCCCGUCCAACACUCGGCUUCGCUCCUUCCCACGUGCACGAUUGAGCAAAUCGACUGGCAGCUCGUGUGCGAAAGCGCUUCGAUUCAAAUCGGACGCCCCACGCGGCUGGUCACGCUUGUCGGCACGGUCUUCACCUGCAAUUGUCUCUGCUACCUCGUGACGCGACUAAUGCGCCAAGUACCUCUACACGACCGACCGGUGGCUCUACAACGGCGUCUACUACCUUGA